AUGCCCAUCAAGGUUGGUAUUAAUGGCUUCGGCCGCAUUGGCCGCAUGGUCUUUCAGGCCAUGUGCGAGGCAGACCUUCUCGGAACGGAGAUUGAGGUCGUUGCGGUGGUUGAUAUGAGCACAGAUGCAGAGUACUUUGCAUACCAGAUGCGCUACGACUCUGUGCACGGCAGGCUCAAGCACAAGGUGACGACGGCGAAGAGCAGUCCCUCUGUGGCUAAGGAUGACGUGCUGGUGGUGAAUGGGCACCGUAUUCUGUGCGUGAGGGCGCAGCGCAACCCGGCGGACCUCCCGUGGGGCAAGCUCGGUGUUGAGUACGUAAUUGAGUCAACGGGUCUGUUUACUUCCAAGGCGGCGGCGGAGGGCCACCUGCGGGGAGGCGCACGAAAGGUCAUCAUCAGUGCCCCCGCUUCCGGUGGCGCCAAGACGCUUGUGAUGGGUGUGAACCAGGACGAGUACAACCCCCGUGAGCACCACGUGGUGUCGAACGCAUCGUGUACAACCAACUGCCUUGCGCCUAUUGUGCAUGUUCUGGUGAAGGAGGGCUUUGGCGUGGAGGCCGGGCUCAUGACAACGAUCCACUCGUACACAGCAACGCAGAAGACGGUGGAUGGCGUGUCACACAAGGACUGGCGUGGCGGUCGCGCGGCCGCGAUUAACGUUAUUCCGAGCACGACUGGUGCGGCCAAGGCGGUGGGCAUGGUGAUUCCGAGCAUGCAGGGCAAGCUGACGGGCAUGGCCUUCCGUGUCCCGACCGCAGACGUUUCAGUGGUGGACCUCACCUUCACAGCGAAGCGCGACACCAGCAUCAAGGAGAUCGACGCCGCCCUGAAGCGCGCAUCGAAGACGUACAUGAAGGGCAUCCUUGGCUACACAAACGAGGAGCUUGUGAGCACAGACUUUAUCAACGACGACCGCAGUUCCAUCUACGACUCCCUGGCGACGCUGCAGAAUAAUCUGCCUAACGAGCGUCGCUUCUUCAAGGUUGUGUCGUGGUAUGACAACGAGUGGGGAUACUCCCACCGCGUGGUGGAUCUUGUUCGCCACAUCGCAUCGAAGGACCGCGCGGCAAGGUUGUAG